AUGAAUAAAGCCACGGAACCAGCCAGCAGAAGCCACGGUUUCAGCACAGGAAACCAGGAGGCAAAUCAGGGAAUUAAUUCACGGUCAAAAAGAGGAGCCAGAGCGGUAAAGAAGGCAGCCACCCGAAGAGGCAGUGACAAACCCGAAGAGCAGCAGCCUACUCCCCUACUUGCGAAUUCAGCUCCUGAUGAAUUAUCUGUUGUUGAUUUCCUGGAGGCGGUGCAUACAGAUCAUCAAGUUCUUCGAGUUUUUCGCCAAAUCUUUUUAGAAUCUCUUCUUGUUCUUUUUCAAAUUGCUGUUGUAGAUAACUUUUGUAUUUUUCGAAUUUCUGAUCACAUAGGAACAUGUUAUAUUGCAGUUAUCAAUGACUUGCUUGAUCCGGCUGGACAGAACCUUCGAAUAAGAGAAGAUUCGCAGGGAACUUACGUGGAAGGAAUUAAAGAAGAAGUCGUUUUGUCUCCUGCUCAUGCACUCUCAUUGAUAGCUUCUGGUGAAGAGCACCGACAUGUUGGGUCAAAUAACUUUAAUCUGCUUAGCAGUCGCAGCCAUACUAUCUUCACCUUGACAAUUGAGAGCAGCCCUUCUGAUGAAAAUAGUGGGGAUGAAGAUGUUACACUGUCUCAACUGAAUUUGAUUGAUCUUGCAGGUUCAGAAAGUUCGAAGGCUGAAACCACGGGCUUGAGACGGAAAGAAGGUUCAUACAUAAACAAAAGUUUACUUACCCUUGGGACUGUGAUCUCGAAAUUAACUGAUGACAAGGCUACACACAUUCCUUAUAGAGAUUCAAAGCUCACACGCUUGCUUCAGUCCUCUCUUAGCGGGCAUGGAAGAAUAUCUCUUAUUUGUACAGUUACACCGGCUUCUAGCAAUAGUGAAGAGACUCAUAACACCUUGAAGUUUGCCCACAGAAGCAAGCAUGUUGAGAUUAAAGCUUCUCAAAAUAAGAUAAUGGACGAGAAAUCUUUAAUAAAGAAAUAUCAAAGGGAGAUCUCUUGCUUGAAAGAAGAACUGCAACAGUUAAAGUGUGGCAUGAUGGAGAAGCACUGUUCCUAUGAUCAGGAAGACAUUGUUAGUCUGAAGCUUCAGUUGGAAGCGGGCCAAGUAAAGUUACUAUCUAGACUUGAAGAGGAGGAGGAAGCAAAAGCUGCCUUAAUGGGUAGGAUUCAACGGCUAACUAAGUUGAUACUAGUGUCUACAAAGAAUUCAUUGCCUUCUCAAGUUGCCGACAAGGGAGCACAUAGACGAAGACACUCUUUUGGGGAAGAUGAGCUUGCUUAUUUGCCUGAUCGUAAACGUGAAUACAUUAUUGAUGAUGACGCUGGAAGUAUUGAUUCAGAGUUAUCAGGAGAGGGUCGAUUUGGUAUCAAUUGUUUAGAUGAUAAUCUAAAAUUUGAGAAAAAGAAUCGGAGGCGUGGGAUGCUUGGUUGGUUCAAAUUGAAGAAACCUGAGUACCUUCAAGGACUCUCACCUAAUGCUGAUUGUGAAAGUUCGGCUAGUGGGUCACCAUUACGAGUUUCACAGCAGAAGAUUUCUUCUGAUUUAACGGAUGCACGAAGAAAUUCUAUUAGCCGGAAGAGUGAUGAUAUUUCUUUACUUAAUUAUUUCCCUGAAAAGACCCCAGCAGGCGAUCUGUUGAGUGCAACAGCUAAAGGACGGCAGCCUCCCCCGGUGAGACACCCCUUUAGUUUAUUACUUUUUGGCAUUGAUGACUGAAUUCAGUAAGGGAAC